AAAAAAAAUUUUUUUUAACCAUGUACUACCUUCUUUUUUGACAUAGACUUUACUACCAGGUCUUGCUGGCCCUUCUGGGGAGGUGGUUAAAUCCACAAUGGGUGUGACCCCCUCAUCUACUUCUGGAAGUGGCGACAAGGUCUAUGCCCACCAGAUGGUCCGCACAGAUUCACGGGAACAGAAGCUCGAUGCCUUUCUGCAGCCUGUAAGCAAGGCCCUGUCCAUUCAGCCUCAGGACGUUGUCCCAGAAGACAGGACUGAUGCUUCCAGUGGCAGGGCUGGGCAGCAGGAUGAGGAAAUGCUUGAACUCCCAGAGCCUGCUCAAGUGGCUGCCAGAAAUCAGGGCACGGAGGGAGAUGCGAGAGAGGGGACUUCGGAAACGGCAGAGAAGAGAGGGUCCCCUUCCAGCCCGGGCAACCCCAGAAAGAGGCCUCGGGAAAGCUCUGAUGUGGAAAUGGUGGAAGAUGAUUCCCGAAAGGAAAUGACAGCAGCGUGUACCCCUCGGCGGAGGGUCAUCAACCUCACCAGCGUGCUGAGCCUCCAGGAGGAAAUUGACGAGCGGGGACAUGCGACACUCCGGGAGAUGCUGCAUAACCACUCCUUUGUGGGCUGCGUGAAUCCACAGUGGGCCUUGGCGCAGCAUCAGACCAAGUUAUACCUUCUCAACACCACCAAACUGAGUGAAGAACUGUUCUACCAGAUACUCAUUUAUGAUUUUGCCAAUUUCGGUAUUCUGAGGCUGUCGGAGCCAGCGCCACUCUUUGACCUGGCCAUGCUCGCCUUGGAUAGUCCUGAGAGUGGCUGGACGGAGGAAGAUGGUCCCAAAGAAGGACUUGCCGAGUACAUUGUUGAGUUUCUGAAGAAGAAGGCUGAGAUGCUCGCAGACUAUUUCUCUUUGGAAAUCGAUGAGGAAGGGAACCUGACUGGAUUACCCCUGCUGAUUGACAACUAUGUGCCCCCUUUGGAGGGUCUACCUAUCUUCAUUCUUCGACUCGCCACGGAGGUGAACUGGGAUGAAGAGAAGGAAUGUUUUGAAAGCCUCAGCAAAGAAUGUGCUAUGUUUUAUUCCAUUCGGAAGCAGUAUAUAUCUGAGGAGUCGACCCUCUCGGGCCAGCAGAGCGAAGUGUCGGGCUCCUCUGCAAACCCCUGGAAGUGGACUGUGGAACACAUUGUUUAUAAAGCCUUCCGCUCCCACCUUCUGCCUCCUAAACAUUUCACAGAAGAUGGAAAUAUCCUACAGCUUGCUAACCUGCCCGAUCUGUACAAAGUCUUUGAGAGGUGCUGACCACGCUCACUUGCAGACUCUGGGUUGUGCGGUUCUUGCACUGCAUCCUGACGAGGGUAGGUCUUAGGGUUGAAGACUCCCGUUUGCCCUCUAACUGGUAGCACUCUUUCACGCUUGGUGGAUCGACCAGAAAUAAAUUGUCAUGUGUCCUAA